UUCAUUUCACAUUUUGGUGGCAUCAAGUACAGUAAGCAGAAAAGAUGGCAACAACAGCCCAGCCUUUGAACAGCCUACCCAGUGGGCUUGGAGUGUUUACAACUUUGCCUGACAUUUUCUUUAUCCCAGAACUUGUUUUUGGUGGGCUUGUUUGGAUCCUUGUGGCAUCCACAAGUGUGUUUAUGGGGAACCCUCAAGGAUGGGUGAUGUUUGUGUCGGUGUUCUGCUUCGUAUUUACAUUCCUCUGGCUGCUGCUCUUCAUCAUUGGUGUGAACAAGAACAGCUCUGUGUGGGCAUCACUGGAUGUGUCCUACCAUGCACUUGCUGCUUUCUUUUACCUGAGUGCUUCUGUUGCAUUGGCCUAUGUUACAACAGUUUUGGGUCAAAGCAGUUUUGUAAAUAGUACAGUUUUCCAGUACUACCAGGAAGACAUAGCUGCAGUAGUGUUUUCCUAUGUCGCCACCCUGCUCUACACAAUCCACGCAGUGAUGUCUGCAUGCAGAUGGAAAUCCUUAUAAAGGCAUCAGGCAUCAAAAACAAAAAAGCAAUGCUGGACCCAUUCAUUAAAAGACAAGAACAUGCAGGUCUAAGGGUCUUAUACACAGGAGUCUCUUUGUCUUAGUUACCCAUUUUUAUUCUUCAGUAACGGUUUAAGGAAAACGUUAAAAGUAAUAAAUAAAAUAAGAAAUAACUUCAUGAGCAAACAGUUAUGUUUUCUAUUUUAGACUUCCAUGUGCUUUCUUUUAAUGAAUAUGGACCAUUAAAGCAAUUUGCGGACCA